AUGCUGUCUUUUUGUCCGCUAUGUAACAACAUGUUACUUAUUUCUAACGCUGAUAGUAGUGUCCAUAAAUUAACAUGCCAUUCAUGCCCAUAUGAGUUUCCAAUCGAAAAUAUUGAGGUUUACGAUAGGAAGAAGUUAGAAAGAAAAGAGAUUGAUGAUGUAUUAGGUGGUGGUUGGGAUAACGUUGACCAAACCAAAGUUCAAUGUCCAAACUAUGAUAAAUGUGGUGGUGAAAGCGCGUAUUUCUUCCAAUUGCAAAUCAGAUCAGCGGAUGAACCUAUGACCACUUUUUAUAAAUGCGUUAAUUGUGGUAAAAGAUGGAAGGAGAAUUGA